AACGUUCAACACGGUGAAGUGAUUGAUAACAAAAUGAAGAAAGUUUACCCCGCUGCUGUUGUAGCUAACAUUGGAGUACUGUCGGGCGGUCAAUUUUUUGGUUGGGCAUCGCCGACAUUACCUAAAUUAAGACAAAAUGAUACUGAAUAUCCUGUGCAUUUGACUUCGGAUGAAGCUUCUUGGAUAGCAUCUCUUAUUAUGCUUGGUACACCCAUAGGUGCAAUUAUCUGUGCACUUAUCGUGAAUAUCAUAGGCAGAAAAAAGACUAUGUUAGUUGCAGCUAUACCAUUAAUAAUCAGCUGGGUGAUAAUAAUCUUUGCAACGUCCUCAUGGCAGCUGUACAUAUCGAGACUUAUAUCCGGAUGUGGUACGGGCCUCGUUUUUACAACUGCGCCAAUGUACGUGGGCGAAAUUUCGCCGUCGGAAAUUCGUGGUUACUUGUUAGCCAUAUUUACAGUAGCUUCAAGUUUGGGCACUCUUUUGCAAUAUACGAUAGGCCCGUUUCUCUCAGUGAAAAAUCUCGCUCUCGUUUCUUUGAUAACUCCGUGCUUGUUUCUGAUCGCUCUUAUUUGGCUACCGGAAUCUCCGUAUCACUUGAUGCAAAUCAACGAAAAGCAGAAAGCCAUAAAUUCUCUCAUUCAAUUGAGAGGUACAAAAGACGUUUACGAAGAGGCAGAAAGUAUCGAGCGGUCUGUAAAAGCAGAUUUAGCUAAUAAAUCCAAUUUUCGAGAUCUUUUGUUCAUAACAAGUAAUCGCAGAGCUGUAACAAUUGUAGUAUGCCUUAGCAUAUUUCAACAUACGACCGGUUUUAUGGCUAUAAUGCAGUACGCCCAAACACUCUUCGAUGAAGCAAAAACCGAUUUGGAUGGUAAAUAUUUGACCAUAAUAAUAGGUGGCGUACAAUUAAUUUGUGCAGGCAUCUGCAUGUUCAUCACCGAUCGUUAUGGCAGAAAGUUGCUUCUGAUAAUUUCUUGUAUCGGUGCGGCAUGUACAAUCGCCAUAGUCGCAAUAUAUUUUACCCUCCAACACUAUCGCGUGAAUACUAGCGAAUUCACGUGGUUAUCCGCUAUAGGUUUAAUUAUGUACUUUAUCAUGAACAGCGUGGGUCUUGCUCCUGUACUACCCAUUCUGAGUGGCGAAGUGUAUCCCAUGAACGUAAAGGCUUUAGGCGGUAUGUUGUCUUUGCUGGUAGCUACUCUAACUUCUUUCAUCGUAAUAAAACUAUAUGCGGUAUUAGCUGAUAAUAUUGGCACGUAUGUACCAUUGUGGAUAUUUUGCGCGUCCGGUUUUCUUGGUGCAUUAUUUACUUAUUUUUACUUACCUGAAACUAAAGGCAAGACUCUGCAGCAGAUACAGGAAAAGUUUAAAAAAUCAUCGAAAAAAAUAAAAAGAAAUCUUGGUAUGCUGUCAGUCGGUCAAUUUUACGGCUGGCCAUCGCCAAUGUUGCCUAAACUAAUAAAUGACAAGGACGCUGAUUAUCCUGUGCAUUUGACUUACGACGAAGCUUCCUGGAUAGCAGCUCUAUUCAUGCUCGGUGCACCCAUAGGUGCAAUUAUCUGUGCACUUAUUGUGAAUAUCAUUGGCAGAAAAAAAACCAUUUUAUUUGCAGCUGUACCAUCUUUAAUUGGCUGGUUAAUGAUAAUUUUUGCGACGUCACCAUGGGAACUGUACAUAUCGAGAUUCAUAUCCGGAAUAGGCGUGGGCCUCGCUUAUACUAGUACGCCGAUAUAUGUAGGCGAAAUUUCGCCUUCAAAGAUCCGCGGUACCUUGACAACCAUGGUAGGAUUUGCUGCAUCCGUCGGUAUAACUAUACAGUACAUAAUAGGUCCGUUUCUCUCAGUGAAAAAUCUCGCCUUUGUGUCUUUGACGUUUCCGUGUCUGUUUGUGAUCACUUUUAUAUGGGUACCAGAAUCUCCGUAUUAUUUGAUAAGAAAGAACGCACACCAGAAAGCUAUAGAUUCUCUCGUUCAAUUGCGAGGUACAAAAGAUGUUUACAAAGAGGCAGAGAGUAUCGAGCAAUCCGUAAAAUCAGAUUUAGCUAACAAAUCUAGUUUUCGAGAUCUUCUCAUACCUAGUAAUCGCAGAGUUCUAACGAUUAUGAUGUUCCUCAGUAUAAUUCAACAAGCAGUCGGUGUUUUUCCUAUAUUGUCAUAUAGUGAAAUAAUCUUCAAUGAGGCGCGUACCAAUCUGGAAGGCAAAUACCUUACUAUAAUAUUAGGCGUCAUGCAAAUGAUCUCCGCAAUCACUUGCAUGUUCGUUACCGAUCGUUUCGGCAGGAAAUCACUGAUGAUAAUUUCUUGCAUCGGUGUGGCGUGCACGAUCGGUCUGGUCGCAACAUAUUUCACUCUGCAAUAUUAUCACGUGGACACCAGCGAGUUUGCAUGGUUGCCCGCUAUUGGUGUACUCUUGUACAUAGUUAUGUCCAGUCUAGGUCUCACUCCUCUACUGCCUACUUUAAGUGGCGAAAUAUUCCCCAUGAACGUAAAAGCAUUUGGUGGCAUGAUGGUCUUAGUAACAACUACUGUGAUCGCUUUUGUCAUGGCAAAAAUACAUGCGUCGUUAGCAUAUAGUAUCGGCCUCCACGCACCAAUGUGGAUAUACUGCGUGUGCGGUUUUCUUGGUGCUUUAUUUACUUUUCUUUACUUACCCGAAACCAAAGGCAAGACUCUGGAGGAAAUACAGAAGAAGUUUGUAAAAUCAUAGAAAAAGUGAAGAAAUGUUUAAAGAGAAAACAUUUAUGGUUACUUUUUCAUACAUUCAUGAGAGAUCAAAAGAAACAUAAACAUAAUUCAUUCCAUACGAAGCUCAUAUCUCACCUGAAAUAUAAUCUGUGCCAUAAUAAAGUAAAACUUUUUUUACAAUA